UGUGUGUGUGUGUGUGUGUGUGAAUUUCCCAAACCCUGUGUAUAAAUGCGCCUGAUUUCUGAAGCUCUGACAUUCACAGAAGAAAACAGAAAAGACGAUGAAACUCUCCGUCCUUCUGAUUUGUGCAGUGCUGUGUGUUCUGCAGAGUGCAACCGCUCAAGUAAAGUUCGGGCAGCUCUGCAGUGGAAACUCAGCGAACACAAAGCGCGGCUGCGACAGCAGCAAAUACGGCUGCGGACACUACGGAGCCUCCCGUAGUGGCGGGACGCGCAAACAUGAGGGUCUGGACAUCGUGUGUGCUGAUGGUGCGACGGUUUACGCUCCGUUCGAUGUGAAGAUAAACCGUAAAGCCGUACCUUACAGAGAGAACAACGCCAUCAACGACGGCAUCGAGCUCUCCGGGCAAGGUCUGUGCUUUAAGCUGUUCUACAUGAAGCCUGUUAAAUACAGCGGUUCGCUCAGGAAAGGGCAGAAGCUCGGCACGCUGCUGUCCAUGCAGAAGGUUUAUCCAGGAAUCACAUCACACAUCCACGUGCAGAUGUGUGACAAGUCCGAUCCCACCAAGUACUUCUGAUCUCUCUCUCUCUCUCUCUCUCUCACACACACACACACACACACACACACAGCAGUGACUCGAGUUCAGCUUUGUGCAUCACCUUCAGAGAUCCUGCUUUCUAUCUGAAUAUUAUAAUAAAAUAAUAAAUCUGUAAUAAAGCUUUGGGAGAAAGA